AUGGAGAAAGCGGCGAGAGCCUACGCAGAGGUUCUGAGAUUGGUGAGGCUCUUACCAAAGGACACCAGGGCUUACUACGCCAAAUAUGCCCGCGAGAACUUUGUCAAUUACCGCCAAGUCGAUCCUUCCGACGCCACUGACCUCUUUCAACGCACCUACAAUCACUCUCUAUGGGUUCUUCACAAGUAUUCCAUUGAUAAAUCUGUGGCGGAUAAGCUCAAAGGAAUAUGCUGCAGCUGA